UCCACUUGUGCCAUGCAUGUAUAUUGAAUCUAACACAUUUUAUGCUUUCAUGCGUUGUUUUCAAUCAAAAAAGAAAAAAAAUUCUUCAAGAUCUUCUGUUUUUUGUUGGUUCAAUUACAUGUUUUUCAUGUUUCAGAUCUCUAAGAAUUCAUCGAAAACUUGGCGAUCGAUGGAUAAAUUAAGGAAGAGUCUAUUAUUGUGUACCUUUUUUCUUGAAUUUGCUAGUGGAUUUUAUCUACCUGGUAGUUUCCCACACAAAUACUAUGUAGGUGAUCAAUUAUCUGUCAAAGUAAAUUCCUUGACAUCAAUUGAUACAGAAUUACCUUAUGGAUAUUAUAGUUUACCUUUUUGUAAACCUUUAGAAGGUGUCAAAGACAGUGCUGAAAACUUAGGUGAGCUUCUUAUGGGAGAUAGAAUUGAGAACUCUCCUUAUAGAUUCAAAAUGCACGUAAACGAAAGUGAGUUGUUUUUGUGUCAAACUAAUGCAUUAUCAGUUGAUGAAUCCAAAGUUUUGAAAGAACGGAUCGAUGAGAUGUAUCAAGUUAAUCUGAAUCUUGAUAAUCUUCCUGCUAUUCGGUAUAUGAACAAAGAUGGAUUCUUUCUUAGGUGGACGGGUUAUCCGGUUGGUAUUAAGGUUAAGGAUGUGUAUUAUGUGUUCAACCAUUUGAAAUUCACUGUGUUGGUUCAUAAGUAUGAGAAGACUAAUACUAUGCCUGGUGUGAUCGGGGCUGGAGAUGGCGUUGAGUUAAUUACAACGGAUGAUAAGUCUGUUAUAGACACACCGGCUUACAUGGUUGUUGGAUUUGAAGUUGUGCCCUGUAGUUUUCAGCAUAAUAUAGAUUUGCUUAAGAAUCUAAAACGAUACGAUAAGUAUACUGCACCUAUUAAAUGUGAACCAGCUACUGUAGCCGGGGUGAUCCAAGAAGGCAAGCCAUUGGUAUAUAGUUAUGAGGUCAAUUUUGUGGAGAGUGACAUUAAGUGGCCAUCAAGAUGGGAUGCAUAUUUGAAGAUGGAAGGUGCAAAAGUUCAUUGGUUUUCGAUUCUUAAUUCCAUGAUGGUUAUUACAUUCUUAGCAGGGAUAGUUCUGAUUAUUUUCUUGAGGACAAUUCGAAGAGAUCUAGCUCGAUAUGAGGAGCUUGACAAAGAGGCUCAAGCUCAGAUAAACGAGGAGUUAUCAGGAUGGAAACUAGUUGUUGGUGAUGUCUUCAGGGUUCCGGAGAAUUCAGAACUCCUCAGUAUGAUGGUUGCAGAUGGAUGUCGUAUUUUAGGAAUGGCAGUGGUGACAAUAUUAUUCGCAGCUCUUGGAUUUAUGUCUCCAGCCUCUCGAGGCACGCUUAUUACUGGCAUGCUUUUGUUCUACAUGUUCUUAGGUAUUAUUGCUGGCUAUGUUGCUGUUUGGCUAAUGAAAACACUGAAUGCUGGUAAUACCAAUGGAUGGCUUUUGAUUUCGUGGAGAGUUUCUUGUUUUGGCCCUGGAAUUGCAUUUCUUAUACUAACUGUUCUGAAUUUCCUCUUAUGGGGAAGUCAUAGCACUGGUGCAAUUCCUUUCACUACAUACAUUAUUCUGUUGUUGUUGUGGUUUUGCAUUUCCAUGCCUCUUACACUCAUAGGUGGAUUCAUCGCUACAAAGGCUCCACACCUUGAGUACCCUUGUCGUAGCAAUCAAAUUCCUCGUGAAAUCCCAUCAAACAGAUUUCCUACUUGGGUGUUGGUAAUUGGAGCAGGAACUCUGCCAUUUGGAACUCUGUUUAUUGAACUCUUUUUCAUCAUGUCUAGCAUAUGGCUCGGACGUGUUUACUAUGUUUUUGGGUUUCUGUUGGUAGUAUUGAUACUGCUAGUGGUUGUUUGUGCUGAAGUGUCUUUGGUCCUGACUUAUAUGCAUCUUUGUAUGGAAGAUUGGAGAUGGUGGUGGAAAUCAUUCUUCGCGUCUGGCUCAGUUGCAAUCUACAUAUUCUUCUACUCCGUCAACUAUCUUGUUUUCGAUCUCAAGAGCCUGAGUGGACCUGUUUCGGCUAUGCUAUACUUAGGCUACUCACUUUUAAUGGCGCUUGCUGUUAUGCUAGCAACUGGUGCUAUAGGGUUCUUGACGUCUUUUUUCUUUGUGCAUCGUCUCUUCUCUUCCGUUAAAAUAGAUUGAAGAAAGUGACCUGUUUGAGUUCCAUUUUCCAUGCUAUUGAUGAUAACAUGAAGUUCAGGUGGACACUAAUGUUAACCACUUGCAAAUAUUGCUAGCUUUUAUGGUAGACUACUUUAUUUCAAAUUUGUUGUCAUGUUGUUUCAUACAUUUUAAAGGAAAUAAGAUAGUUACUGAGAAAUUA